AUGGACGAAGACUCCCAAAGUGUAUACAACAUAGGAGAACCCACUGAGAAAAUAACCUUGCAUAUCUCAUGCAGGAAGUUAGCCGAUCUGGACAUCAUUACAGUCUCUGACCCAGUCUGCCAUGUCUACGUAGCCGACAUUGAAAGGCCAAAUGACUGGAAACUCUUCGGCAAAACAGAGCAGAUAGAGAACAACCUCAACCCUGAUUUUGUAACAUACUUCGAAAUGGACUAUUACUUCGAGAAAAUACAGAAGGUUAAAGUCGAAGUGUUCGACGUUGAUGUCACCUGUAUGGGACUUAUUGGAAAUUUUGAAACUACCCUUGGAGAGAUCAUGGGAGGUAUCAAUACUACUCUCACAGGUACACUUACUCUCCCAAACAAGAAGAAAAAGAAGUCUAGAGGCCAGAUCAUCCUUAGGGCUGAGAAAGUCUCUUCUAAUAACGACAUCGUUUACUUCUCAAUGAGAAUCAAUCACCUAAAAUCCAAUAAAGGGUGGUUCUGAGGCAGUGAUGAUCCCUUCGUUUUUAUCGAGAGAGCGAGGGAGAGUAAUCAGAAAGAAUUUCUGAGGGUCAUCCAAACUGAGCCUGUCAGAAAUAAUCUAAAUCCCACUUGGCCAGCACUCAAAUAUGAUGCUAAGGAAAUCUGUAAUGGAGACCUCGAGUGACCUCUUAAGUUUAAAGUUUACUCAUGGAGAAACAGCGGACAUCAUCGCUUUUUUGGAGAGUUUGAAACUAGUAUAGAAAAUAUCAGGAGCGGACAAACUGAGUACAAUCUGUUCAAGAAUGGAUUACGUCUGGAUUCAGUUUGAUACUUCGAGAAUUUUUUCUUAGAAGAAAGAGCUUCAUUCUUUGAUUUCUUACACUCAGGGUGGAAGAUGAACCUCAUGGUGUGAGUUGACUUCACUGCAUCAAAUGGAGAUAUUAGACGUCCUUCCUCAUUACACUUUUUGAAUCCUACGGGAAAAUACAAUGACUACCAAAAUGCGAUCAAACAAGUUGGGAAUAUCUUGGAAGUUUACGAUUACAAUCAUCAGUACCCUUGAUAUGGGUUUGGAGGUAUUCCUAAGUAUGCAGAAAAGAGGAAAGUAUCUCAUUGCUUCCACUUGAAUGGUGAGGAAGAGCCAGAGGUAGAUGGAGUCGAAGGAAUCCUCGAUGCAUACCAGUUUUCCCUUCUCAAUUGCGAACUUUAUGGACCCACUCAUUUUGGAAGCUGAAUGAGGAAGACAGUCGAUUACAUUAAAGAUCGAAUUGAUGAAAAGAUGUAUCAUAUACUUCUGAUCCUGACAGAUGGGGAUAUCCAUGACAUGCCUAAGACCAGAGACAUCAUUGUCGAAGGAAGCCAUUAUCCACUCAGUAUUAUUAUAAUCGGUCUUGGUGAAAAUUCCUUCCACAAAAUGAUAGAAUUGGAUGGCGAUGAUAUCAUUCUUCGGAACACAAAAGGAGAGGCUACACGUAGAGAUAUCGUCCAGUUCGUCAAAUUUAAUGAAUUCCGGCAUGGAAGCACCCAGGCCUUAGCUGAGGAAGUCUUGGAAGAGGUUCCUGAACAAGUUGUAUCUUAUUUAAGCCAAAAUGGAAUUAAGCUUGAUGAUGAUAAACUCUAAAUUAGUAAAUAACGAAGGAUU